CUGUACCACGAGAGGAUUCGAUCGCGUUUGGUCACCAGGUCAACUUUGCACCUAGUCAACGAAUUGUGCACCUUCAAUCCAGUCUCGAAUCCAUCGGGCUUUCUCCAGGAUUUCGAGUAGUUUCUUAAUAAAAUGCGGAAAAUCCGUCUCGCCGGCCAGCCUCUGCCAAUCAUUUUACAAACGGGAACCUCACCGAUAAUUAUCUGUGAACCUCGUCUGAUAAUGUUAACCAUCUGCGAACCUCGUCUGAUAAGAGAUUUUUGUAAACAAGAAAAACAGAUCAGGAUCGUUGAAAAAUAUGGCUUUGGACUCACAAGGAAACGUUUUGGUCGAUGAUUCUCCCUGUGCAGGAAUCAGGGCCGAUCUCAAAUUGUGCCUGCUUGAAAGUGAUUGUGUCAAAAAGCAUAAAAAAACACCUAGGGAGUGCUUAUAUGGUUACGAUGAGUACACAGCAGUAGACUGCCAAGCCUUGCGGAAUUUGUUUUUUGAGUGUAAAAGAUCAUUACUGGAUAACAGGCAGCGUUUUCGUGGAAGGAAAGGGUAUUAGUAUUAAUAAAUUAAUAAGUACAUUUUAUUAUUUUCUUGUAUUAAUAGUUUGUUGAAUAUCUGUCAAAUAAAAUUUGUUAUAAAGCAAUAUAUGAUUAAAUAAG